AUGACAACAACAGAGAACACAACAACUGCUAUCGUUCAUGAAGCCAUAAAUGAAGAAUAUGAGUGGGUUCAGUUAAACAAACAACUCCGUCUCAUUCGUUCGGUCAAAGACGAUAUGUACCAAAUGCAAAGUAUUUUGACAGCAUGUUUUGCUCCAGAUACUAAGAAACCACAAGACUGGUUUGAAUUAAAUAGCACUCAUGAACUCCUCAGUGAGUUCGAACAUGUAGAACUUAAAAAGAUGUACCAAGACAGACAAAACUUACCAUCACAUCUAAAAGGUAUAUAUGUUCAUAAGUUCCUAGUUAGUUCAAUAGCAAUGUGGGCUUCACCUCGUUAUGCAAUCUACAUACUUAUGCUACUUGACGAACUUUGUACAAAGCAGAGAGAAGAUAUGAUGAAAGAAGACAAAAACAUACAGAAAAGAAUACCACGUUCGGUACCAAAAGGAAAGGAAAAGAACUAUAAGUAUAUGAUUUAUACUGAAGAGAUGGAAAAUGAAGAAGACAGAGAUAUG